GGGCGCGCGCGGUGCUCGGGCUCGGGCUCGGCGGGCGGAAGCGGCGGCGGCGGCGGCGGCAGGAGCGGCGGGAGCCGAGGAGGAGGCUCCGGACGCUGCCCCAGGAACCGGGACGCCGGAGAGCCGCGCCCUGAGCGCUCAGCCCGAGGCGUCAUGGCCGAGUACGGGACCCUCCUGCAGGACCUGACCAACAACAUCACCCUUGAAGAUCUGGAGCAGCUCAAGUCGGCCUGCAAGGAGGAUAUCCCCAGCGAGAAGAGCGAGGAGAUCACUACUGGCAGGGCCUGGUUCAGCUUCCUGGAGAGCCACAACAAGCUGGACAAAGACAACCUCUCCUACAUUGAGCACAUCUUUGAGAUCUCCCGCCGCCCUGACCUACUCACCAUGGUGGUGGACUACAGAACCCGUGUUCUGAAGAUCUCGGAGGAGGAUGAGCUGGACACCAAGCUAACCCGUAUCCCCAGUGCCAAGAAGUACAAAGACAUUAUCCGGCAGCCUUCUGAGGAAGAGAUCAUCAAAUUGGCUCCGCCACCGAAGAAAGCCUGAGCAAGGGGGAGGAGAGGAGGAAGGUUGGACCUUCAGUGGACCACUCCCUUCCCCCAGCCUCCAGGGGAGGGGCAAGGGCAACCCCCCCAGUCUACCCACUUACUAACCUGGUCCUAACCCCCUUACUGUGCGCGUGUGUGUGCGUGUGCGCACGCUCUGGCUGUCUGUCUAUAUGUCUAGCUCAUCUAGUUCCUCCUCCUUGUGAGGGGAUGGGGGUCGGGCUGGGGGGGGGGGGCUUCGUUUCCCCACUUUAGGGGGAGGUGGGGGCUAUUUCUAUGCAAAUAGAAAUGGGCACAUUACUCCUACUGCCCUUUCCUCUAUGGCUAAAGUGUGGGAGCAGAAAGGACCUGUAUUUUCCUACACUGAGGAGCCGAGCUGGAGGGAAAGCAUGGGGCGAGAUGGGUGCAUCUAGUGAAAAGCAGUGGGAGGGAAGGUGGUCACCCAACCCCCCCACCUGGAAGGGGCAAAGAAAAGCCAGAGUUCCACGUCUGUACCCCAUGCUGGAUCGGCUGAGGGUUCCUUUCUAGAUGUUCCUCAGGUUGGAGGGCCUGGGCCCCAGUAGGUCCCCUUUUGGCUCCCCUCCCAUGGGCCUAGGAUGGGUAUGAGCCAGGGAUCUAACGAGAGAGGACCACAGGAUCCUUUCCUGGCCCCAGAGUACAAACUUCAUGAGCACCCAGCUAGAUACGAGAGACCCCCCCCACCCCCAAGAGCCCAUGCUGGGAGCAGGCCCCACUGCACCAGACAUGGGGCUGUGGACAGAGGGGUCCUCUUUGCCACUCCCUUUAUUCCCGUUCAGACUGUUGCACACACGGAUUCCAAACCUAGGGAGGUUGACGAGUGAGCUCCUUAGGUCUUAGCUCCAACCCUGCCCCACCCACAGGGUCCCGGCGUGGUUACUACAGGUGACCUUCCCUCUCUGGGGUCUAGAGCACCCCCAGCAGGAAAGACAGGAAGAAGCUAAUUACAGCCUUUUCCUUUGCACUGACCACCCCCAGUUCAGUCCAGGAGGGGACUCUGCUAGCCCGUCUCCCUCGAUAUCCUGGCGUGUUGGGCUCGUGAAUGCCUCCUAGCCAAAUCACUAGACCCCAGCCUCCUUCCUGUGCCAAGAUGCUCUCCCCACCCUGACCGUGCUAACUGUGUGUACAUAUAUAUCUACAUAUAUGUAUAUUAAACCCGCACUGCCAUGUCUGCCCUUUC